AUGCGCGGUAGUAGUCAGCGUUUCAUCUUUGACCUUAUUCUGCUGCUGCUCCUCUUCUCACCUGUUCAUCCCCUCAUAUGCUCUUUUCCUCAUCUGCUCUUUUCCUCAUAUGCUCACCUGCUCCUCUACUCACCCGCUCCUCUACUCACCCGCUCCUCUACUCACCUGCUCCUCUACUCACCUGCUCCUCUACUCACCUGCUCCUCUACUCACCUGCUGCUCCUCUACUCACCACCUGCUCCUCUACUCACCUCUGCACUCACCUGCUCCUCUGCUCCCCUCACCUGCUGCUCCUGCUCCUCUACUCACCUGCCCUCUACUCACCUGCCGGCUACUCACCCGCUCCUCUACUCACCGGCUCCUCGACUCACCUGCUCCUCGACUCACCUGCUCCUCUACUCACCUGCUCCUCUACCCACCUGCUCCUCUACUCACCCGCUCCUCUACUCACCUGCUCCUCUACUAACCCGCUCCUCUACUCACCCGCUCUUCUACUCACCUGCUCCGCUACUCACCUGCCCCUCUACUCACCUGCUCCUCUUCUCACCUGCUCACCUGCUCCUCUACUCGCCUGCCCCUCUACUCACCUGCUGA